UUCUGAGCACCAACGCCGCAUUUUCGACGAAAUCUCAGCCACCGGUGUGAAUUCAACACGACGGGACCGAGCGCGUCGCCGGUGGACUUCCUCUACGCGGCGGCUGCGUCACUCCCGAGAAUCUCACUUUUCAAACGCACACGCAGCCGGAGCUAAAGCAAAGAACACGUUGCCUUCUUUUGUGUUGAGCUGGGUCGCAGGUGUCCGCGCGCGGGGGCGGGCGGGCCGCGGGGGGGUAAGAAGCUCGUGGGUAACGCAUCGCGGUCCUGUUUCAGCCCAGUAUUAAGAGGGAGCGCCUCGAUCUCCGCUCUCAGGAUGCCAUGCCAUAACCAGCAGCUAAACAACGUGAGCAGCGGACAGGAGCAUCCCGUGAAGCAAGUGCGCUUUGCCAACAGCGGCAACGUCCCCGCGGCGCUGCCCCACUGCGGGCCGACCGGCGGCCCCAAACAGCCCGACAGCCCGGAGGACCUGGGACCGCAGCUUAAGCUGCUGCCUCUCAACGACCAGAUCCGGGAGUUACAGACCAUAAUCAGGGACAAAACAACCAGCAGAGGAGACUUUGUGUUUUGUGCCGAUCGACUGAUCAGACUGGUAGUUGAAGAGGGUUUGAAUCAGCUCCCCUACUCCGAGUGUACUGUUACCACGCCGACAGGGUACAAGUAUGAAGGUGUCAAGUUUGAAAGAGGCAACUGUGGUGUCAGCAUCAUGAGAAGUGGCGAGGCCAUGGAACAGGGCCUCCGGGACUGCUGCCGCUCCAUCCGCAUCGGCAAGAUCCUCAUCCAGAGUGAUGAGGAGACGCAGAAAGCCAAGGUCUACUACGCCAAGUUCCCUCCAGAUGUGUACAGGAGAAAAGUGCUGCUCAUGUACCCCAUCCUAAGCACUGGGAACACUGUGAUCGAGGCGGUGAAGGUGUUGAUAGAGCACGGAGUCCAGCCCAGACAUAUUAUCCUCCUCAGCCUCUUCUCCACACCUCACGGAGCAAAGUCUAUAGUCCAGGAGUUCCCUGACAUCACCAUCUUGACCACGGAGGUCCAUCCAGUGGCUCCGACACAUUUUGGACAGAGAUACUUUGGCACUGACUGAACGGAGGACAACCUGAGGAACAUGACAUUGUUUUGAGUACAUUCGGUCUUAUUUAAAUGCACCUCAUGUUCUGCUUGUUGAGCCAAAUACUGAGACUGUAUCUCUCCAAAGUUCCAUAAUUUGAUACAUCUGAUUUUAUUUAUUAGUUUUUUGCCGUGUAUCGUCAUGCAUACAGAAAGAAAACAACACUGCACCACAUGAAGAGUUCAACUUGUAUGAUUUUAUUUGCAUGGUGGAAAAUAAAGAAUUUAUAUUUGUUAAACGA